GCAGCCGCACCUUUUUAUAGUCUGCAGAUAAACCACGCCUACAAUAAUUACACUUGGAGGUGUGGCUGCAUCGCAAGAUGGCCUCCAAGUCGGCCAGGUCUAUUUUAUUCGUUUCUGUCCUCUUAAACGCAUUCCUCCUCUUCAUUGUAACAGUUUACCAUUACAAAAGUGAUACUCCAAGCGCCCCAACUAGUUCCUGUCCGCCAGAUCCUUCAGAGAGGCCCUAUAUCUUCAUUGGAGGAGUGCCAAGUUCUGGUACUACUUUGAUGCGGGUCAUAUUGGACGCUCAUCCUGACAUACGCUGUGGCGAAGAGACCAGACUAGUCCCUCGUAUAUUACAAAUGAAGGAAAGGUGGAGGAAGGGGAAGAGAGAGCAUAAGCGCUUGGACGAAGCAGGCUUAAACAACACUGUCAUUAACUUGAUAGUACGAAACUUUAUUUCAAACGUGAUAGAGUAUCAUGGCCCUCCGGCUAAGAACCUUUGCAAUAAAGACCCUCUAUCGCUCGCCCACACAAAAGACCUUCAUCUCAUGUUCCCUCGGGCAAAGUUUGUCCUGGUUGUGAGAGACGGAAGAGCUGUUGCUUAUUCAAUAGUUAGUCGUAACCUCACAAUAAGCGGUGUUGAUAAUAAGAGUUAUCUUGCAGCUGCUGCCUUCUGGAAUAGAGUGUUAGAAAGAAUGUGGGAGAAUUGUAAAUACGUUGGGCCUAAUGUCUGUCAUGUUGUGUAUUUUGAGAAACUGGUCUCGGAACCGAGAAACGAAAUCAACAACCUACUCAAGUUCCUUGGGAUUGAGUGGCACGAUAAUGUACUGCGGCAUUCACAGCUCAUUAAUAAAGAGGUCAAGCUAUCCAAGUUAGAGCCGUCUACCAAGCAGGUUAGAAACCCGAUUAAGAGUGAUACUGCUAUAAAGUGGAAGAGGAAACUUCCGAAAAAAGUAAAAGAUAAAAUAUGGAGCAGCUGCCCAAUGCUUCGGAGACUGGGAUAUACUAAUGACGAUUAGACCACACCCAAUUUAUUAAUUAUAUUAUUCAUAAAUCAAUCUUUAUAAUUAUCAAUUUGUAACUGUGUGUGAUUUAAAAUAUGGUUUUGUGAUUUAUA